GACAGAUUAAACGACCUGGAAAAACAUGCAGAGGAUCCAGAGAAAAUAACCAGGACGCGUAAGCUUGAAGGAAAGGACCCAUCACAACCAGAGCUUCUGAAGAAAACAGAGGAGCUUGAACUGCGCCUGGCUGAGAAGGAGGAACAGUUGCUGGAAAAAGAUUUCCUCUACGAGCAAGUCUCUAAGCUAUCAGACAGGAUACGCAUAAAAGCUGAAAAUGGCAAAGAAGACACUUUAACUUGUGCUAAAAAGAUAAAUAAAAUGAAAAACAAGAUUAAAGACACAACUCGUAAAAUGAUGUCCCAAAUUGCAGAGUUAUCUAUGCAGCAAGCCAACUGCAUAAAGCUGCAGCAAGAAGUAAGAGAUAAAGAAAAGUUUGUUGAAACAUGCCAUGCAAGGAUGGAACAGGGGUUGCCACCGAGUGGGGAAAUCAAGCAAGAAUGGAAGCGCUUAGUGCGUGAAGAACGUAUACGCCAACUUGAGAGAGAAGAAAAGACAAGGAUUCAAGAGGAGGAAGAACAACACUUUUUG